AUGAACUUAGAAGAGAAGUUGAAUAAUUCACUCAAUGAUAUAUUGAAAUCAUCGGGAUACAUAUUUGAAAUAAUACAUAGUCGUAAGAAACAGAGUAACUUAAUUACAGGACCGAAUAAUCAACUCAUAACACCUGUUAUAACAUCACAAUUAACUCAUAGCAUUACGAAAUUUGAAGAUAUACUAGAUGAUACUAUAUGCAAAUUCAAUGAUACCAAAUGGUGUGUAGAACAAAUGUUGCAGAAUAGACAGAAACAAGAGGAGUUAAAACUCAAGGAAGAAGAGGAGAAACAAAGGCGAAUAAAAGAGGACGAUGAGAGAAAGCGACUAGAAGAAGAAGAGGCAAAGAAGCGAAAGAAAGAAGAGGAAGAGGCUGCCAGGAUCAAAAAAGAAAAGGAGGAACAGCAAGCAAAAGAAGAAGAGCUUAAGAAGAAGAAGGAACAAGAACAAAAGGAGAAAGAACAAAAAGAAAGAGAAAGUCGCAUACAAAAUGAAAAGAAGACUGAGACCAAUAAUGAUAACUUUGAUACGUUUAUGUCUCCAAGCUUUGAGUUCAAUUUGAACGAUUUACCCACAACGAAUGAGAGAGGCAUGGAUAUACCAAAUCCGUCCGAUAUACUUUCAACGAUUAGCUAUGAUGGCUUUUCCGAAAGCAAGGACCCUAAGAAUCCCGAUACCAAUUUCCCAAACAACGAAUCUAAUAACAAUAACAACGAUUUGGACCUAGACAUGAAUAAUUUGCUCGAUAACGAUGCGCUGUUACUAGAUGGCUUGGAUAUGAAUAUGUUGGACCAGGGAUUCGACGGCAACAAUACGAACGGAAAUGGAGUAAAUAACUUACAGGAUGAAGAAUUUGAUGUGGACAAUUUCUUGAAUCAAUUUGGAGCCGAUUAG